ACCGAAAUCACACGUUCUAAAGAUGAAUAUCAAAUAGCCAUAUUGAUCACAAGCUGUCCAAAUUUGCAGUAGCAGUGAAGCUGGUUGAGAUUGGGAAUUGGAAGAUACGUGUGUUUUGUGUAAUUAGGUUAACUUUUCAUUGUCUGCAUUAAUGUAUGAUAAUAUCUGAGGGAACGGGAAAAUACCUCUACCACUGAGUAUAUGCUAGUGACCGUACCGACCUGGUUAGCUGCCUGCCAAUUUUUGAGCUCACCGGAACAGAUUAGCAGUCUUUAGGCUAACUAUAGUUUUUUCCUUGCUGUACUCGCCUUAGAGAGUAACAUAAUUAUAUAACAGGAAUCACUCGAAAGGGCUGGAUUCAAUUAUUACGCAAAGUAAAUUAGAGGAGCAGAGGGGUAACGUUAGGUAGUUUACUGUAAAGUGCACCAUGGACAAUGACCGAACUGGAUCGUCGUCCAGCGGCUCCAAGAGCGGAGGUUUCGGCAGUCUGUUCAGGCCAGCGGCGCCUGAAUAUUCAAAUACAGAGCUCGCUGGUGUUCCAUUGACAGGAAUGAGCCCAUUGUCACCUUAUCUCAACGUAGAUCCCAGAUAUCUGACUCAGGAUUCGGAUGAAUUCAUUUUGCCCACUGGUGCAAACAAAACCAGAGGUCGCUUUGAACUGGCUUUCUUCACCAUUGGGGGCUGCUGUAUCACAGGUGCUCUUUUUGGAGCGGUCAAUGGUCUUAGGAUGGGUUUGGCAGAAACCAGAGGUUUAGCCUGGUCCAAACCUCGCAAUGUGCAAAUCCUUAACAUGGUGACCCGUCAGGGAGCUACAUGGGCAAAUACUCUUGGCUCUCUGGCCCUGCUGUACAGUGCCUUUGGUGUGAUCAUUGAAAAGACCAGAGGAGCAGAGGAUGACCUAAACACAGUGGCAGCUGGGACCAUGACUGGUAUCCUCUACAAAUCCCCAGGGGGCCUCCGCGGGGCAGCUCGAGGGGGCCUGACCGGGCUCGCUCUAUCAGGACUCUACGCUCUCUACAACAACUGGGACCACCUGAAGGGCAGCUCUCCCACCCGUUACUAAGCACUGGUCCCCCCACCCCCCCCCUCCCCGACUACGCUCAAGACGUCAUUCAAAUACUAACCCACACAUAUCCACAUUCCAACAGUGUAGAUUUAUAAGAGAGAGAGAGAGGGGAAACUCGCUGGUGUUGCACUAAAUGAUUUUGACAUUGCAAAUGUUCUAUGGCAGCGAAAAUAUUUUCAUAAAUUUAGCGUUUGCAUGUUCCCUCAAGUCAAAAUAACAAGCUUAUUGUUCAGUUCAGUCUUAUCGCCAGCGUUUCACAUGGUAAAACCAGUUUUUAUUGUUCAGUUCAGUCUUAUCGCCACCGUUUCACAUGGUAAAAACGGUUUUUACUUCAUUUUUUAAUGGCAUGAAUAGAUUUGAGAGAGUGUUAUGCUGAGUGUGUUAAGUUAAACUCACUCUAAUUACGUGUGAGGUAAUUGAAAUGGUAUCCUACUAUGUAAGUUGAAAACAUUAUAUUGGAAAAACUCUGAAUCAGAGAUGAUCGUUAAGAAUUAUAUAUGCUUAUCAUUUUUUGCACUAAAAUUUGCACUGUUCUUUAUCAGCAAUAUCUUAUUCUACAGACGUUAUGAUGUGCAUCAUAAUACCAUGUCUUAGUGAAAAUUUAAACUUCAUUGAUUACACAGUUUCUCAAAGUUGGAUGUGCAUUAUAAAUACACUAAAAGUAAUUUGAGAAUGUGAGAGCCUCUUUCUGUGAAUUGCCUUGUGCUGAGACCAUAGUUUCUUACUACUUUAUUCCACCUUAACCCAAGUAAUGGGUUUUUUUCUUAUGACCUCAAAAAACAAGCAGAUGAAAAGGCAAUAAGAAGGAAACAGCCAUGAGGUUGUAAAGUAAUUGAACAGGUCCAUGCAAACAAUCAUUCAGGAAACUGUAAAAUAUUAUCGCUCAAAUUACCUUGUUCGGUUUAUUUCUGACCUACAUUUCAGCCUGUUUUUGUUUAUUUUUUGAAGCUUUGAAUCCCAUGAAUUUUACCUCUGCAGCAGUCUUUUCUUUCUCUAAGCACGUAACAGGUACAGCCUCAGAGGAGUGACGUCCCUUCACCGUCGGUUCGCGUCAUUGCGAAAUCAAAGUCUCAGCUGUAUGGAAAUAAUUUUGCCAGAUUCAUUUAUUGUGAGACUUCACCCAUGCGUAACCUGCCUGGUAGCUUGGCCAUUUCUGUGACUUGUGAUCAUCACCUUUUAUUUUGGUGGCACUGGUUUUGCUACACCAGGCUACAAUGCAUAACGCAUAACCCAAUAAAAGCCUCAAUCUCAUCCCAGCA